AGUGGAGAGCCACCCCUACCGUGGAGAGGCAGAGGAUACGAUUUACAGGUCACAGUAGAAUCACUUCCACUUGAAGUUUACAUCUUACAGAGAUGUAGGAGAACAGCCCUUUUUUGUACUGCACAAAGAUGCGGCAGCAUAAAGUGCGAGGACAAAGAAAUUUGCAUCCACACUUAGAUACAUUCAAAAUGUUGCGUGGAGGGAAAAAAUCUUACUUUGCUGCUGCCGUGUGCAUUAUUACUCUAACUUCAAUGGUCACACUUUCUUAUUUUAGGUUACAGAGACUUUCUCACCUGCCAAAAAUAAUUCAAGAAGGCAGCAGAUGUAGAGGGAAAGUUACCAAUAGCACAAUAACAGCAUUAAAAGAUAACAGAACUUUUAUUAUAUCCCCAUACUUUGAUGACAGAGAAAGCAAAGUCACUCGCGUGAUCGGGAUCGUUCACCAUGAAGAUGUAAAACAGCUAUACUGCUGGUUCUGCUGUCAGCCCGAUGGACAGAUAUAUGUAUCAAAAGCAAAAAUCGAUGUUCAUUCAGACAGAUUUGAAUUCCCUUACGGUGCAACAGACAUAGUUUGUCUGGAACCCCCAAACUGCGAUCCAACACACGUGUCCAUUCAUCAGUCUCCACGGGGAAACACUGACCAGCUGCCAAGGUUUGAAAUUAAAAACCGCAAGGCUGAGACCUUUUCUGUUGACUUCACCGUGUGCAUCUCUGCCAUGUUUGGAAAUUACAACAACGUCUUGCAGUUCAUACAGAGCGUAGAAAUGUACAAGAUUCUCGGGGUACAGAAAGUGAUGAUCUACAAGAACAACUGCAGCCACCUGAUGGAGAAAGUCUUGAAGUUUUAUAUAGAAGAAGGAACUGUAGAGAUAAUUCCCUGGCCAAUAGACUCCCACCUCAGGGUUUCUGCUGAGUGGCGCUUCAUGCAAGACGGAACACACAUUGGCUACUACGGACAAAUCGCAGCUCUAAACGACUGUAUAUACCGGAACAUGCAGAGGAGCAAGUUUGUGGUUCUUAGUGAUGCUGAUGAAAUCAUUCUUCCCCUUAAGCACCCAGACUGGAAAACAAUGAUGAGCAGUCUUCAGGAGCAAAACCCACGGACUGGUGUUUUCCUCUUUGAGAACCAUAUCUUCCCCAAAACCGUGUCUACUCCUGCGUUCAACAUUUCGGCCUGGAAUGCUGUGCCGGGUGUUAACAUAUUGCAGCACGUUCACAGAGAGCCUGACAGGAAAGACGUGAUCAAUCCCAAGAAAAUGAUAAUUGAUCCACGAAAGGUGGUUCAGACGUCAGUCCACUCUGUCCUGCGGGCUUACGGGAAGAGCGUGAAUGUUCCCAUGGAUGUUGCCCUUAUUUAUCACUGUCGGGUGCCCCUUCAAGGAAACCUUCCCCGAGAAUCCCUCAUCAGGGAUACAACUCUGUGGAGAUACAACUCAUCGUUAAUCAUGAGCGUUAACAAGGUGCUAAAUCAAACCGUGCUGCGAGCUCAAAAGUGAAACCUGGGUUAUAGGGAGGGAAAGUGGAGAGCCACCCCUACCGUGGAGAGGCAGAGGAUACGAUUUACAGGUCACAGUAGAAUCACUUCCACUUGAAGUUUACAUCUUACAGAGAUGUAGGAGAACAGCCCUUUUUUUUUACUGCGCAAAGGUAAAUGCAUUUGAUUUGUGAACUGAGCCAUGGUACCUUUUAAGAGUCCACAGUGAUCAAGUGCUGGUUAAGAAUUGGGUUAAUCAGGCAAAGUCUCUACUGCAACUUUGUAGGAUGUGAGAGCUGCGGCACAGGGAGACGACAGCUCUUUUACGUGCCUGUAACUAUGAAAGGUCAUUGUUCAAGGCCUAGGAAGUGACCAUGCAGAAAUUAGAAGUUCAUGUACCGAUAUCCAGCUUUCUCUCUUUUUCUUUUCCCACCUUCAUAUAUGUUUUAGCUAGCGCAAUGAACCUGUAAACUACCUGAAGAAGGAAUGUGUUUGAUUCUUGGUUAUUUGUGUGCCUGAAGCACUUGGUGGAUAAAAAAAUAUAGCUGUGCUCAGUCCUGCCUGUUAAAAGAUGGACAGCAUCUCCCAGAUGAAGAGCUGCAUUGGCAUUAACACCGUAACCCGUUACAAUCACAGAGGCAGGAUAGGGAAACACACCAGCUGUAGCCCUGGAACUGCCACUUGUUAGAGGUAUUUCUUCUUAAGAAAAAUGGGAAUUUUUAGCAGAGCUGUGAGUCAUUUAAUACCAAGGAUCAAUGCAGGUGGUAUCACCUCUUCUGGAAAAUGUAAAACGAGUUUGUUUUCAAUUAAAAAAAAAAUAUAAAAAAUCAGGAUUUCUGAACUGAUUCAUAUAACACCAAAGGCUAUACACAUUUUCCAGCUUAUGUACAAAAAAUACAACUACAGUCAUUAGUAUUAAAGGUAACGUUGCUUAAUUCUUGCAGUUUGUAUGUCACUCUUUGGGUACAAAUUUAGUAUGCACUGAGUAAAAGGUAGAUGCACUGUGACAAUAAUUGAUCAAAAUCAACUAGUCUCAAUUGUAAAAAAAAAUAAAAAAAAAAAAGAACCCUGUAUAUUCUUGGAAAUAGCGUUUGUUAAAGUGGUGAUGUCUUGUAACAUUAAACAUAGCUGUUGGAGUUUUGCUGUCCCACAUGACUGUUCAGCCGGGGUUUUGAGACGUGUAAGUUUGAGAAGGGUGAUCCCUCUUUUGUUACCCACAGCUGUUCUGAAUUACUUAAGUGGUAAGUGCUGAGUCACGUUGGAAAGCUUUAAAGCAGAGGCAAGGGAUACAGAUUGAUGUUGAAGAAAAAGAGAAUUUUGUGAACCGAAAACAAGGCUAUUUCCAGGUGGAAA